GGAGGAGCGACCCGGCGAGCGCAGCAAGUAGCGGUCUGUCAUUACCUUCCUACCGGGAUAACGGAACCGUGUCUCUGACCUGUUAACUCCCGUCCAGGACGUUAAACCGGAUGCCUCUAUGGUCCAGUUAACCUUACAGCGAGAUACACGGUGUUCAGUUUACUCAAGAGGUGAGCCAUGGCUGAACAGAGUUCUGCCCGACCCCAAAGGAAGAUGUCCACCUCCGGGGAGAGUGUGUAUAAGGUACUAGGCCUUGAGAAAGGAGCUUCAGCUGAGGAAAUUAAGAAGGCAUACAGGAAACUUGCACUGAAGUACCAUCCGGACAAGAACCCAGACAACCCAGAUGCAGCGGAGAAGUUUAAGGAGAUUAACAACGCCAACUCUAUUUUAAACGACGAGAACAAAAGGAGGAUUUACGACGAGUAUGGCUCCAUGGGCCUUUACGUAUCCGAACAGUUCGGAGAGGAAAGCGUCAAAUACUACUUCCUCAUGUCCAAGUGGUGGUUUAAGAGUCUGGUGCUGUGCUGCACACUUUUUACCUGUUGCUGCUGCUGCUGCUGUUGCUGUUUCUGCUGCGGGAAGUGCAAGCCCCCCGACGAUGAUGAAAACUACCAAUAUGUUGAUCCGGAAGACCUGGAGGCCCAAAUCAGAGCGGAUCAGGACGGAGGUACCACUGUAAUCAUAAUCCAGCCCGCCUCCGAUCUGGGUCCUGAAACCCCAGAGGAACAGAGUAAGCCAAUCCCCCUGCCUAUGCCCAUGCCUCCACCUGAGCCCCAGUCGCCUUCAUCAACCAACACACCGGGGAAAGAAAACCCCAGAGAAAGCUUACAAGAGUCUGAAUGACUCGAAAAUGAUCAUGUGAUUCAGUGUCAACUAGCUUCUGCAGGAAGCCUCUCGAGGCCCUACUAUGAUCCAGCUACAUCUGACCGCUGUGAAGAACCCAGAGAAAAGCCAGCCCAAAGUUAUCAGCCAUCCCAGAUCUCCUCCCCUCUCCUGCCUCACCUCCAGCCCCCCGAUGCUCCAAAGCUAACCUGCGAGGCGGCCGCAUCUGCCUGCCCCCAGCUGUGGAACCAUCUGGAGAUCAGCCAAGCCGACGGCCAUGCUCCUAAAUUUGGGAGCUCUUUCCAACCAGCUCUUGAACGUUCCCCUGUCUUCUAGUUACUGAAUUGUCUGUGCGAUGCUGGUUGUGACUGCAUCAGUGUGUUACGCCAAAACCACCCCAGUCUCCUCUGGUCAUCACCUUUCUAACCGCUAAGGAUGGCAUAUGAAGGAGAAGUGGAGGGAUUAUUUAUUGCUUUUCUUUUCCUCUUAUUGUAGAUAAUCCAUUGGUCAUCAGCCAGAUGACUUUAUUUUUAUUUUUUUAACAUAUCUCCCACAGUAACUUGCUUUAUUAUUUUUGGAAUAGAACAUUGACGGUAAAUUCGAUGCCAAACUUAGAAAUCCAGCUGCUCAGCGGAAACAUUGACUUAACUUAAGGAGGACGGUUUGAACUGCAUCAUCUUCCACUAUCACCCACUAAAACUCUUACUUUGAAUGAA